AUGGUACUGUUUUUGGUCCCAUACACUCUGCAUCUGUCCUUGUCUAUUGUUUCUUUGGUGACAAUUAGGGAAACACCUGCCAUCUCUUUCAGCAAGGACCUGCAAGUGCAGGUGGAUUUCCACAAUGGAACUCACAAGAAGUCAGUUAUCGCCUUCCAUUUCCGAGUCUACUUUGGCCAGUGUGCGGUGAUGAACAGCCUUCAGGCCAGGGGUUGGAGGAAUGAGGUGAGCCUUCCACGUGCCCUUUGCAAAUCCUUUGCCCUGAGCAGCUGGGUGCUGCAUAAUCAGUAGCCGGUAAUAGUAAAUGGCCAGUAUUGUUACAGCUUUGCUCACCGACCCUAGCCAGGGUCUGUGAAGAUUAUGCAGGUGUGGAAAGAUAUCUCCCUGACUUCGGUGGAUGCCUCCAAGGUAGGGAAGUGACCAUACUCCCCAUUGUCUAGGAGCUCUCUCCAUCUUGGUAAACAUGGAAUUCAAAGAGCCCACUAAUAAAAUGGGGUCCUCCUCACCCUUGCCCCACAGUUGGUCAUUAAAAGUU